AAAUAAAGUUGGAGUUUUUAACAAGUCUUCUUUCAUUUUUCACAAGUUCAGUUAAUUAGUUAUUCUCGUUAAAACUUCCCAUUGCCGCCCUUUUUUCUCCCGUCAAUGUUGCUGAUUUCCACGGCCAAAACAUCACCACCAAGUUUUUUCACCUCUCUAAACAACAAAAGCCAUGGAAAUAUCUCAAUUAAACCUCAAAAUUCCUUCUUUUUUAGUAAAAACUUCAAUCUUUUAUUACCACCUUUGUACAGUUCUUACACCACCACACUGUCUGUCUCUUCUUCCCCAACUAAAGAAUACAAAAACCCUAAUCUCAACAGAAAAAUUAAUGAAUUAUGUGAAGUGGGCAAUCUUAGAAAAGCCAUAGAAUUGCUAGACAUGACUCCAAAAAUUGAAAUUGAGUCUAGUACUUAUUGUUCAAUACUGCAACUUUGCGCGGAGUUUAACUCGUUAAAAGAUGGAAAACGGGUGCAUUCUAUUAUUAGCGCGAGUAAGAUUCCGAUAGAUGGUCUUUUGGGGACGAAGCUUGUGUUUAUGUAUGUCAAUUGUGGGGAUAUAAGAGAAGGGAGGCGGGUUUUUGAUAAGGUUGCGAAUGAGAAAGUUUUUCUGUGGAAUUUUAUGUUGAAUGGGUAUGCAAAGAUUGGUGCUUUUGAGGAAAGUGUAUACAUUUUUAGGAAGAUGUUGGGUUUAGAAAUAAAAGUGAAUUCGCAUACGUUUUCUUGCGUUUUGAAGUGUUUUGCAGCUUUAGGUAGUGUUAAGGAAGGUGAAUGGGUUCAUGGGUAUUUGCUGAAGUUAGGUUUUGGUUCUUAUAAUGCUGUUGUUAACUCUCUUAUAGCAUUUUAUUUUAAGGUUAGAAAAGUUAGAAGUGCGCUGAAGGUGUUCGAUGAAUUGACUGACCGAGAUGUUGUUACUUGGAAUUCGAUGGUAAGUGGUUUGGUGGAUAAUGACCUUCCUGAGGAAGGAAUUCAGAUUUUUAUAGAGAUGGUAGUUAUGGGAGUUGGCUUUGAUUUGACCUCAAUGGUCAUUGUACUUGCAGCUUGUGCAAACUGUGGGAACGUUCUACUAGGUAGAGCGGUUCAUGCUCUUGCGAUAAAAGCCUCUUUUGAUCGGAGAUUGACCUUUGCUAAUACGCUACUGGAUAUGUAUUCUAAGUGUGGUGAUUUGACUGAUGCAACUCGAGUUUUUAAGAAGAUGGGUGAAAAAAGUGUAGUAUCUUGGACUUCUUUGAUUGCAGGUUAUGCUCGAGAAGGUUUGUCUGGAGAUGCUAUGGAGUUGUUCCGUGAAAUGGAAAGAGAAGGUGUUAGACCGGAUAUUUUUACUGUGACAAUGUUGCUUCAUGCCUGUGCUUGUAAUGAGUCAUUGGAGAAUGGUAGAGAGGUACAUAACUAUAUUAGGAGAAAUAAUAUGCAGUUGGAUCUCUAUGCAUGCAAUGCUCUCAUGGAUAUGUAUGCAAAAUGUGGAAGCAUGGAAGAGGCUAAUGCAGUUUUUCUUGAGAUGCCCACAAAGGACAUUAUCUCUUGGAAUACUAUGAUUGGUGGGUACUCCAAAAACGGUCUUCCAAAUGAAGCUCUAUGUCAUUUUAUUGCAAUGCUACAAGAACGAAAACCUGAUAAUAGAACACUGGCAUGUAUUCUUCCAGCUUGUGGUAGCCUAGCUGCUCUAGAUAGAGGCAGAGAGAUCCAUGGUUACAUACUGAGAAAUGGUUGCUUUUCUGACCAGCAUGCUGCCAAUGCUCUUGUCGACAUGUAUGUGAAAUGUGGGGCGAUAGCUCUUGCACAGUUACUCUUUGAUAGGAUUGCUAUGAAGGACCUGAUCUCAUGGACGGUGAUGAUUGCUGGGUAUGGAAUGCACGGUUUUGGUAAAGAAGCUAUUGCCGCCUUCCAAGAGAUGAGGCAAGCAGGGAUCGAGCCUGAUGAAAUUUCCUUCAUCUCUAUACUAUAUGCUUGUAGUCAUUCUGGAUUAUUAGAUGAAGGAUGGAAGUUCUUUAACAUUAUGCAACAUGAAUACAACAUUAAGCCAGAACUCGAACACUAUGCUUGUGUUGUAGAUCUUCUUGCUCGCUCCGGGAAAUUAGCAAUGGCUUAUAAAUUCAUAAAAUCAAUGCCAGUUAAACCAAAUGUCACAAUCUGGGGCUCUUUGCUCUGCGGCUGCAGGACUCACCAUAAUAUCAAGUUAGCAGAGAAGGUAGCAGAACAUGUCUUUGAAUUAGAACCAGAGAACACGGGAUACUAUGUACUUCUAGCAAAUAUCUACUCUGAUGCUGAAAAGUGGGAAGAAGUGAAAAAAUUAAGAGAGAGGAUCGGUAGGCAGGUGUUAAAGAAAAACCCAAGCUGCAGUUGGAUAGAGGUUAAGGGAAAAGUAAAUAUAUUUGUUGCUGGAGAUACUUCACACCCUCAAACGCAAAAGAUCGAGUCUUUAUUGAGAAAGUUAAGAUCAAAGAUGAAGGAAGAAGAUUACUUUCGUAAAAUGAGAUACGCAUUGCUUAAUGAAGAUACCCUCGAGAAGGAAAUUGCUCUAUGUGGGCAUAGUGAGAAGUUGGCCAUGGCUUUUGGAAUAUUAAACUUUCCGCCUGGCAAAGCAAUACGGGUAACGAAAAAUCUAAGAAUCUGCAGUGACUGUCAUGAAACAGCCAAGUUCAUUUCCAAGACACAGGGAAGGGAGGUUGUACUGAGAGAUUCUAAUCGCUUUCAUCACUUUAAGGAUGGUGCCUGUUCUUGCAGAGGUUUCUGAUAAAUCGCGUCGGAAAGGAGUUCAAAUGUGAUAUAUGUACCCUUACAGGGUAUAGAUAAUAAAUGAAAGGGGAAUCUUCUAGACAGGAAGAAAUUUGUUUCCACUGGAAUUCUCAAAUAGUAAGGAAUAGAGUUUGAAAUUAUAGCUCUAUAGCUUGCAAAAUUAUGGAGACAAUUAUUAGAGUUGGUGCAGAAUGAUAAUUCAUGGAGAUUGGCUUGUAAGAAGAUCAUCAGGACCACUUUUAACUGUCAAGAUUAAACAAAUAAUCAGAAAUCACAAGGGCAAGGACCACUAAGUAUUAAUCAGAUAUCAUAUAAAAGGGACAAGUUGUAAACGAGCUGAAGAUGAAUUAUGCCAAUGUCAAGUCAAGUGUAUUAUACAAGCUUGGAUUCGAGUUGGAAUGAGCUUAAAUUUUCAAGCUCGAACUUGAAACCAGGCAGCGUAUGAACUACACGAGCUCGGGUUUGAUUCAAGUUGAAUAGGUAAAAUGAUUAUUAAAAAUUUACCAUAUUAGAUGCAGUUAAUUUUGUUUUUACUGUAAAAUAUGAAAUUCAUUCAAUUAAGGUGUAUAUUUAGAGAUAUAACGCGUCAAUAUAAUAAAAAUAUAUAAAUUAUUAUUUUA